ACCUGUGGGGACAAACUCGCCGACCUGAUCCUCGCACGCAAGCUCUUCGCAUACGGCGAAUUUAAUGACUACUGGGAUAAUCCCAACUGUAUUGGUUGGGUGAGAAAAGGAACACAUGAUAGAAAGAAUGGAUGUGCGGUGGUGAUGAGCAAUACCGGGUCUGGUAAGAUAAAGAUGUAUGUCGGACCUGAGCACAAGGGAUGGGUGUGGACGGAUUUGCUGGGUUGGGAGCAGGGAGAGGUCACCAUUGACGAGGAAGGUAAUGGUGUGUUCAACUGUCCGGGCUGCAGUAUUGCUGUCUGGGUCAACAAGGAUGUAGAGGGUAGAGAGCACUUCCCUGUCAACUUCGACAGCAACAUCUAC